GCCAAAUGAACAAAAACGACCAUUUUGCAUAUUAAUCGAACAUCUUACGCCUUCUGCAAACCACUGUAUCUCAAAUAUUUAAACACAAGAGUUUUCUCUCAACCCGUUCCACUGAGCCCAAGCUACAACUUCCAUCUUUUCUCUCGUUCACAAUAUGCACAUGACACGCGCCACUGAUGACCCGGAAUUCCGCAAGAUGGCCAAGGCUGUCCGCCUCCGUGCUGAAGAUAUGAUUCCCUGGGAAGGACAAUCAGAUUCCUGGUGUUUGCCGCUUGAUCAACUCGCAGCUUCACCAGCGAUAACACGAUUGUACGUUCAAUUCGAGAAGACAAAGCUUAACGGAAUCAUUCAACGCCGACGUGUAGACCAACCAGCCAAGCGCAUCACUCGCCGUCAUGGUCCGGAUAUUGUAUACUUUUUGAAAGAUACCCCACCUGUGCGAGAGAACCAAUUUGUUGUAGCGAUAGCGCUCGAAAAACCCUCCAUACAACAAGACAUGACCUCUCCAACGCUCAAGAGACGUCAUGAGGGAGAUGAAAUCAGGACUGAACUAGGGACGUUGCCGAGGCGGUCCGAGAAUUCAUCUUCUCAUGAAAAUGUUCUGAAGCCUCAUCAAAAGACUGGUCAAGACAAUGACACGGAACCUGCCGCCACAAACGUGGAACAGAAGAAGGUUAACAGAACCACCGAUGCUACCGCUGCCGCAACCACCGAGGCACCAGCAGAAUUAUCGCCACAGUGGCAGGCUUUCGUCGAGAAGCUAAGGGGAGAAGCAGAGAUCGCGGUCUCGACGUUGAUGGAUCGGGGUGACGAGCCUGUAGAAUGGGAAGAAGGUGACAUCCUUGAGCUUGAUACGUCGGAGUACCUCCACCCGAAGGCUGGUCCUGCUGGGGCGAUGUGGAUUUCGUAUAAUUGGAUAUGAUAUCCUUGGAGAGGAUCAAGAUAUCGAAAAUGAAGCUGGAUCGUUGUUGACGGGUUGGGGUAAACCUGUAACCCAAAGGUCGGUGUGGCCGGCAGAAGUAAUGGCCAGUGCGUCCCAAUCGAUCCAAAUGUCAGGAUCCCUUAGAGAAUCCCAGGGAUCGACCUCUUGUGUCGUCUCUGCUCCUAAGGCCUCAUUCUGCUGCAAAGAUAUCAUGGUCGUUGGGAGACUUGUCGUUAUGGCUGUCUGGUCCCCGUAGUUCUGCAUCGGCACGGCAGCGUCUGUAUUGAUUUGCUGAUCCAAGCGAGAAUGCUUGUGCGGCGGCUCCAUGCCUUCCGAACUAGCAUCUGGUACAUACCGGCGCCGUAGAUUGUUUUCGGAUUGAAGUUGGGCCUGAUCCCAGGGGCUGGGGAUCCAUGUGGAGCCGAAGGUGCUGGUCAACCCCAUUACGUGAGAUAGGCC